AUGCAGGCAACUCAGAGUAGGCAGAAAUCAUAUGCAGAUAAAAGGAGGAGACUGCUUGAGUUUGAGGCAGGUGACCAUGUAUUCCUUAGAGUUACUCCUACAGCAGGGAUUGGGAGAGCACUGAAGGCGAGGAAAUUAACUCCUCGAUUCAUUGGUCCAUACCAGAUCACGAGAAGGAUUGGACCUACAGCGCACGAGAUAGCCUUGCCACCACACUUGGCAAACCUACAUAAUGUCUUCCACGUAUCGCAGCUUAGGAAGUACAUAGCAGAUCCUACUCAUGUGUUGGAGGAGGAUGAUGUGCAGGUGCGGGAGGACCUGAUGAUCGAAGUUGGACCAGUGAGAAUCUUGGAUUCUCAAGUCAAAUAG